AUGGAUCGCGGCGGUGCCGGCAGCGCCACGCUGCUGCGGAAGCGGUCGCUGUCCGUAAACACCACAGCGUCGGCGGCGGCCGCGGCGAUUGAUCAGAUCGGGAGCAUGCAGGCCGGGGGUGUGGCCGCCGCCGUCGGGGAGGAGCCGGUGAGCCCGACGGGGCGGCUGUUCCGGGAGCCGCACUUCCGCUGCCACAUCGUGUCCGUGUUCGGCCUCGGCGCGCCGGUCGACCUGCCAGCGCUGCGGGCCGUGGUCGCCGCCACGCUCGCGCGCCACCCACGCUUCUGCAGCGUCCAGGUGUUAAAUGAGUUGGAAAAGGACGCCAGGCCGAAGUGGGUACGGACAGCGGUGAACGUGGAUGACCACGUCAUCGUCCCCGAGCUGGACCCCGCCGCCACGUCGGCGGACCCGGACAAGGUCCUGGAGGACUACGUGUCGUCCCUGUCGACGCGGCCCAUGGACCACUCCCGACCGCUGUGGGAGGUCCACGUCCUGGACUUCCCCACCGCCGAGGCCGCCGCCGCGGUCGCGCUCCGCGUGCACCACUCCGUCGGCGACGGCGUCUCGAUGCUCUCCCUCUUCAUGGCCUGCACCCGCAGCGCCGCCGACCCGGGCGCGCUCCCUUCCCUCCCGCCGGUCCGGCGACGCGUGGGCCCCGUCUACGAGGUGCGGCGGCGGCCGCUCUCGCUCUCCUCGGCCGCGGGCGCGCUCGACGCUCUGGCAGCGCUGGCCGUGUGGCUCCUGUCCUUCCUUGUGCUCGCUUGGCACACGGUGGUGGACGUGGUGUGCUUCUUCGCGACGGCGGUGUCGCUGCUGGGCGACGCCCCCACGGUGCUCAAGGGCAAGGAGGGCACCGAGUUCGAGCCCAGGCGCUUCGUGAACCGCACGCUCAGCCUGGACGACAUCAAGUACGUCAAGAAUGCUAUGAGCUGCACUGUAAAUGAUGUUCUUCUUGGGAUAACCUCUAGCGCUCUAUCUCGGUACUAUUUCGGAGAACAGGUGAAAGCGACAGCAUUGGCAAGCAUGAUGGAGUCCAGCAAGGACAACGGCGCGAGAUGGGGAAACAAGCUGGGCUACAUGCUAAUCCCCUUCCACUUGGCCAAGCGCGAUGACCCCGUCGAGUACGUCCGGACGGCGACCAAGGUCGCGCGCAGGAAGAAGAGCUCCAUGGAGUCGGUCUUCACCUUCUGGAGCGGGGAUAUGGUUCUCAAACUUUUCGGCAUCAAGGCAGCAGCUGCGCUCUGCUACGGCAUGUUCACGCACACCACCCUGUCCUUCUCCAACAUGGUCGGGCCGACUGAACAGGUGCUGUUCUGCGGCAACCCCAUCAUCUACAUUGCACCCGGCAUCUACGGGCACCCACAUGCGCUGACUGUGCAUUACCAGAGUUACAUGAACUCCGUGAAGCUAGUCCUGUCGGUAGAUGAAGCACAGUUUCCGGAUAGCCAUCAGCUCCUGGACGACUUUGCCGAGUCCCUCAGGCUCAUUCGCAAGGCAGCUUCAGGAAAACCUGCAGGGGAGACGCAGGAUGCUGCUUCCAGAGUUCCAGUUGAGCAUACAUAG